AUGGAUUGUGUAUCACUCCUCGCUGCUUGCUGCCAUAGUUACUGUUAGCAGCCACACACCGUGUGUGUAAAAGAUCUGCACAAUUCAAUCAGAUAAAUUAUUAUUUUUUCAUUAUUAUCGUUAUUUUCAUUUGUAAUCAUAGAUAUAUUUUAUAUCAGGUUUGGGGAUUUUGUAAGGAGCAGUAAGGCUGCAGCGUGCCAACGCCUUGGAGGUAGAGAGAAAGCCCAGGGAGAGGAAGUCUCUACGACAGGAUCUACAUCAGACAUGUUUAAAGGAUCACACACAAGUUCUUCAGAAUGAUGAGUGUACUAUGACUCUGAGACGAUGGCCAGCGAACCCCUCGAAGGUUUCCACGAGGUGAACCUGGCAUCACCCACCACCCCGGACUUGCACGGCAGCCACGAGUCGCAUGCGCCGAAGCCCGCCGCGCCGCCCAGCACCCUGUACCGCACGCACUCCGUGAGCGCCAACACCUGCCCUCCCAACACUCUCUAUGUCGAUCAGUUACCCACCCAGCCGGUGUACCCCGCUCCCAGAAACCUGGACAACGAUGAAGCGCAUAACGGCAGCUUGCCUGGACCAGAGGGCUCGGCCUCACAGGAGGCGGGGACAGGCGAUGGGAGUGGCUCGUUGGCUGAUGACGGAGAGGACCCCAUGGGCCUGAGCACAGACAGCCUGUCUCGACUCCGAAGCCCUUCUGUGAUGGAAGUCAGAGAGAAAGGAUACGAGAGGCUGAAGGAAGAGCUCGCCAAAGCUCAGCGGGAGCUUAAGUUAAAAGACGAGGAGUGUGAGAGACUUUCUAAAGUCAGGGACCAGCUGGGGCAGGAGCUGGAGGAACUCACUGCUAGCCUGUUCGAGGAGGCUCACAAGAUGGUGCGAGAAGCGAACAUGAAGCAGGCGACGGCGGAGAAGCAGCUGAAGGAAGCGCUCGGGAAGAUCGAUGUCCUUCAGGCUGAGGUGGCUGCCCUGAAGACCCUCGUUCUGUCCACGUCCCCUACGUCACCGUGUAAGGAGCUGCCGUCGGGCUCCAAAGUGCCGUUCAAGAAAGGACACGUACGCAACAAGAGCACCAGUAGCGCUAUGCUGGGCAGCCAGCAGGAGCUCAGCGUUCCACAGCCCAUUGUGCGUGACUGCAAGGAGGUGGAUUCCAUCCUGUUCAAUGAGUUCAAGGCAUGGAAGGAGGAACCCACUUUGGAGAGAAGUUGCUCAUUCUUGGACCGAAUCUACAAGGAGGACAUUUAUCCGUGUCUUACAUUCUGCAAGAGCGAGCUCGGAUCAGCCAUUCUGGAGGCUGUGGAGAGAAACACACUGAGUGUGGAGCCAGUGGGGUUCCAGCCACUACCGGUAGUCAAAGCCUCAGCCGUGGAGUGUGGAGGGCCCAAUGGCAGGAAGUCUGAAAUAGUCACAAAGUGCGCUCUCAGUGGCCAGACGAAAACUUGCAAGCACAGAAUCAAAUUCGGGGACUCCAGCAACUACUAUUACGUGUCCCCGUUCUGUCGGUAUCGGAUCACCUCCGUCUGUAACUUCUUUACCUACAUUCGCUACAUCCACCAAGGACUGGUCAAGCAGCAGGACGCUGAGCAAAUGUUCUGGGAGGUGAUGCAGCUACGGAAGGAGAUGUCGUACGCCAAGCUGGGUUACUACAAAGACGAACUGUGAGCGCUCAGCACCGGAAGAGAAACACUCGCCUCAGAGAAACAUGCCGUACACGAGAGGAGGGUUCUGCAGUUACCGAAGAGACAUCACCCGGGACCAGUGUCUUUCCUCACACCUCAACACUCCAGCACUGUGUGUGUGUGUGUAUGCGUGUGUGUGUGUGUGCGUGUGUGAUUAGCCAUCCUAUGUUUUCAGAUCCUUUCCUAUUUAAAGUACAUAUGCUGCUGAAGUACCGAUGACCUGAUUCCAGUUGGUGUGUUGAUCGCUACAUGAAGGAGAAUAACAGGAAUCAAUGCCGGUUUGGAUUCUAGAAAAGAAAAGAAAGGCUUUUACCCCAACCGAUCAACUCGAUUUCAGUUCAUUCAAAAAACAAACAAAUUAGCUUGCGGCGUGUUGCUGUGCUGUUCUGUGUGUGGAAUGUGCUGUACAUCUGUUUAUCUUGGAACCGUCUUAUCAGUUCGUGUAUUUUCUUCCAAAUCUCAUUCAUCACUCUUUCCCCAUUUUGUUUUUUAGUGCCUUUCUGGAACACCGAAUAAAAUUGUAUACCUCCAUGA